AUGACCUUAACAGGGUCACCAGAAUGGAUCGAAGAAGAUCAGAUCGUAUCAGUUCAAGGAUAUAUAGGUGAAGAUAUUAUUAUCGAACUGAAAUUGGCUCUAUCUGAAAAUUAUGAUGACUUACGAUUCGAACUAAUACGAGAUGGAUUACCAAUUUCAUCGGAUCAUUAUCAAUUAUCAAUGCGAGGCAAUAUCGUUCAAUUGACCUUGAAGAAAUCGCGUAAAAGUGACACGGGUUACUAUUCUCUCGUGGCAACGAGACACGGACAAGAAAACGAUAAAGGAGCUUUAAAGAAAUUCGAUUUGAGCAUCAACGAACCAAAUUACGAAGAGGACGAUCCUCCUGUCUUUUUAAGAAGAUUGAGCGAUCUCGCGGUAAAAGUCGGCACUCGAACUAAAUUUCUUGUAGAAAUUCGAAGUUCAACCACUUUGAAGAUAACUUGGUAUAAAGAUGCCUCGCCUAUUCAAAAUGGUCCUAGAUUCUCUCUCAUUCACGAAGGAAAUUUUCAUUGUGUUGAUGUCGUCCCAGUUACAGUUGAGGAUCAAGGAUGUUGGACUUGCAUAGCGGAGAAUCGUAGUGGAAGAUCUUCAUGUACUUCUACUCUCACCGUCAUUGUUCCCAAGGCUUACAAAAAGCCAGAAUUUGUUGAAGAACUCCGCGCACUGCUUACUGAGGCAGGUACCGUGUCGUUGGAAUGCAAAGUAAUCGGUGUGCCUACACCGGUAUUGAAAUGGUUUAAAGACAACAAGGAAAUCAAAGCUGGCGACGUUUUUGCCUUGACUGCUAAUCCCGAUGAUCCGACAUCUCUCGGUGUUUAUACAUGUGAGGCGGUCAAUUACAUGGGAACGGCCUACUCCUCCUCAAAAGUUCACGUAGUUGGAAGAGGAAACCGAGAAGAGUCAUUAAAAUCGGCAGAUGCUUUGGCACUAUUUGGACUUCUUCCGAUAUUUAAACAAAUUCUUCAAGAUGAAUGUUGUCGGAUUGGAGACACUAUAAUACUAUCUUGUCGUGUUCAAGUACCACCCUGGCCAAAAGCGAUCUCCUGGUACAAUAAAGAAGGCCGUAUUGAGUCUAGCGAAAAGUAUCAUGUAAUGGAGGAUGGCAUAGGAGGAUAUUCAAUUGAAAUAAAACAAGUAGAAGCCAUGGACGAAGGUGAAUGGAAAUGUGUCGUCACCAGUGAAGAAAAUAUAAAACAAUUUACGAGUUGUUAUGUAGCAAUGUCUAUACCAAGAAACUAUAGGAAACCCCGCUUUAUGGAAAAUCUGAAUGCAAUUUUGACAGAAGAAGGUCUUGUCUCGUUCGAAUGUAAAGUUGUAGGAUUCCCAACGCCAUUGCUGAGAUGGUUUAAGGACGGUCAAGAACUUAAACCAGGAGAUGUUUAUCAAUUAACUGGGACUAAUUCAUUAGGCUCUUAUUGCUGUAUCGCGAGAAAUUGCAUGGGCGAAGCUAAGAGUACCACAGAAUUAACCAUCGAAGACAUACAAAAUCAAUUAAACGAAGAAGAACGUUUCCAACUGUUAAGCACUAAUCUACCACCGAAGUUUAUAAAAGGCCUCAGAAGUUGUGAAGCAAAAAUAAACGAAAAUUUUCGCUUUACAGUACAAGUAAGCAUAGCACCGAAACCAAUCCUUUCUUGGUACAGAGAUGAUGCAAUAAUGGACGAAUCUGAUAAAUAUCACAUGGCAAAAGAGAAUCUUGGCACAUGCCAUUUUGAAGUACAAAAUCUCGAAUUUAUUGAUCAAGCUGAGUGGAAGUGCGUAGCGGUAAACGAUUUCGGCCAUAGCGUUACUUCUUGUUUUUUGAAACUAAUUAUUCCUAAGCAUUACAAAAAACCGAAAUUUCUCGAGAAUCUACGCGCGAUCUUAUCGGAAGAAGGCGCUGUAAAUUUAGAGUGCAAAGUUAUCGGCAUUCCACAGCCAGUUUUAAAAUGGUACAAAAACAACGUUGAACUCAAGCCCGGUGAUAUACAUCGAAUUAUUUCUGGACAGGAUGGCACUUGCUGCUUAGGAAUAUAUACUUGUGAAGCUACCAAUUGCAUGGGAACAGUCAGUAGUUCCGCGUCUUUACUAGGAUUUGAAGAUAAAAUAGAUGCAAAAGUAAUCCAAGCAUCAAAUGGUCAUGAGCUAGCAAGAAACUUAUCGUUGUCAACAAUACAUGAAGAGCGAACUUCUCAAUUGUAUGACACACCACAAACGGAUCAUUCCGUUACUUUAGAUGAGCGGGGCGAGGUAUCUUUUAGCUUUGAUGGCAAAGAGGUGUCAGUUAGUUUGUACGAAACACCUGAUCUUACUGAAGAAGAGGCACUACAGAUUGUUGAAAUGUACGCCGAUCAGCUGUCUGAACACGUUACAGAACACAAUGUGAUCGAGUUACCACCAAUGAGAUUUGUCAAAGAAACGUCUACGACCAGUAAUUUGGUAAUGGAAGCUGUAAUAAUUGAUAUAUCUCCUGAUUAUUUUGUAAGCGCGGAAGACGAUGAUUUACGAACAGAAGCUGAUUUCGAAGAUGUCUCUAUUAUGGAUGAUGUUAACGUCCUCUCGUCACUUGAUCGCGAUUCUCGAAGUUCCUUGAAAAGAUCAGUUCGAUAUAACGAGGAUAAAGACGAAAAAGUUCUUAAUAAACCACCUAGAAAAAAAUCAAUGAGUUUAUCAUUAUCAAAAAGCGAAAAAAGCCAACGCAUAGAAUCGGAAAGCUUCCAUAGUACACAGAAAGACGAGCCACCAUUAUCUCCGCUUUCGUCUUUGAAACAGGAUGACAGCGACACUUUUGCGGACGCCUUAUCCUCUCCACAUUUCUCCAUCACAGAGAGUUUUAUUCAAAAACAGUUAACAUUGAAACAUGGAAUAACAGAUAACAGAAAACGCAGUUUAAGCGCAGAAAGUUCACCUUAUUCCAGUCUAGACGAUGGAAUCGGUUGUGAUUCUUCUGUCGAUUCAAUGGUCGGUGUUCCUAAAAAAAAGCAACGAAAAAAGAAACAACAGAAGGAUAAAAAUAAUUCUGAAAAAUAUUCCGGCCCUAGUAACUACGAUCAAAAGAGAAGUGAAUCGGAAGAUAAAAUUGAUAUGCAGAUGAAAUAUCAAUUUAUAGAACCAAUUGAAGAAAUGGAUAACAGAAACGACAUCGAAACAGUAAAAGAAUUAUUUACUAAAGAAGAAUUGUUAGAUAAUUUAAAAAACGUAAAGAAAAUUAACAGUCAUAUCUCAGAAGAGAAUCAAGAAUCGACACAAGAUAUUCUUUUUGAAUCCAGAAUAGCUCUACGCAGCUCUUUAAAGCUUUUGUAUAACAAAGUAUUCGAUGUACCACAAUUUUUAAAUAUUUAUAAGCGAAUUGACGAUAUAUGUCAAUUAUUGGAAGGUUCAAGAAGAACAGGUGUGGACAUUGAAAUCUUGGCUAAUCUGGAUGCAUUGUUACAAGAAAUUAAUGAAAUUACACCAAUAGAACAUAUAGAAAUUAUUCUCAAUAUUCUCGAACCAUUUAUCGCUAAGUUGUCACAUGUUAUUAAAAAUUUUGAAUUACUAUCUUUACAGCCGACGUUUGCAAUUUUAAAAAAAUUUAACGAUGACAUUUGCAACAUUUCUGAAAGAAUAAACAAAUUAUCAUCGCUAAAAUCAAUUUCUGAUAUGUCUCAAAAUAUAUCUAAGGAAAUUGAAGAACCAUUAAUCAAUGUUCAAUUGAUAUUUAAUAGGAUUUUAGAUUAUAUCGAACAAUCAAAGCUUACGAUAAAUGGAUCUAGCAGUCCACAACAAUUUGUGACAGCGUCGGAUCUUAUUGCAUGUUUAACAGAGUUGAGAGAGUGCGUAUCUCACACAGCACACACUGCGAUGACAUUGAAAGAAAAUGAAAUCUUAAAUAGUUUGAUGGAAUUUAAGGAUCCCUUAUUGCAUCUUCAGUUAACUUUAGCACAAAGAUGUACUUCUAGUGAACUUUCGAUGACACAGGAAAUAAAUUUUGUCAUUGUAAAAUUAAAAAAUGUUGUUAACACCAUACUGAAAAAAUUUGAAAACCACGAUAUAAUUUCUCGAAUAGAAGGAACUCUCAACAUAUUGAAAAAUAUCGACGAACAAAUAUCGGAAUUAGUGGAACAGUUAUCGAAAACGAAAAUUAUUCAAAAUAUGUUAAAGGAUUUAAACAUUGAUCAAAGUUUAAGCAAUGUGCAUUUUGCUCUAUCAUCCGUUUUAGAAAAGCAAGAAAAGUAUGUAACUUCAUGUCAUUUAAUUACAAGUAUUGAGGCAUUACGUCAGACAAUCGGUUCUUCGGCUGUUACAAUUGCUAAUUUAAAAAAUCCAACUGAUGAUGAAAUAAUUCAAGAAAUUAGCAAACUAAGUGAAUCAUUGUUAAAUCUACAGAGAGAUUUAUUAACGGAAAAGCACGAACCACAAGAAGAACAAGUUCUUAAUGAUUUGAUGAAUCCCAUCAGUAUAUUGAAAGAGAUAAUUCACAAUGUAAUUGAAAACAGUUCUUCGAUUGAAUUAAUAGUACCCAUGUUGGAAUUAUUGGAAGAUAUAGAAAAGGAUACGGCUCUUAUAACAAAGGAAAUAUCAAAGAAAAAACAUGAAGAAAAUAUUACUCAAUCUCAAAGAGAAAAUAAAGAAGAAAGAAGUUAUUCAAAAUCUAACUUGGUUAGCCAAAUAGAUCGUUCUUUAGAUCCUAUUAAAAAUUGGUUAUCUGCUACAUCCGAAGAUAGUAUAAAACUAUAUGAAGAUGAAACGAAAUCUACAUUAAGCUUAACAAUUCAGGAAUUGAAAAGAAAUGUAAAUCAAAUUGUUAUUCGAACAUCAUAUUCUGAAUCACCAAAUGAUGACAGUUUGAUAGAUGCAUUGAUCGAUCUUCGAGAACCCCUACUACGGCUUAAAAACGCAAUUUCUGUAUAUCACGAUCCUGAAGAUCUUGCAAUUUUAAAAAAUUUGGAUUAUCCUAUGAAAUAUCUUUUGCAAACAAUCAUGGAUAUUCUUCGUGAACAUGCGGAAGAAGAAUCUAUACAACCGAUAAUAGAUAUCAUCGAAGAAAUUAAAAAUCAAAUACCGUUUUCAGUCAAAUAUCUUCAUCAACAAGAGUUUAAACAAAAUGCUAAACCAUUUAACGUAGGAACGGAAGAAAUAGAAGAAGAAACUGUUACAGCUUCUCGAGAAACAAUUCCGGGUACUCUUACAGAAGUUGCUUCAACACCAUUUGAAGCUGAAUCUAUCUCAUUACUUAUCGAGCAAGCUAUAACAAAAAACAAUUCCAGUGAUGUCAUUUUACAAACCAUAAAAAACGAAAAGCAGGAAAGUGAAGAGGGUGCAAGCAAAUUAAUUACGAUCUUGUCAGAAACUUUAGAAAAAUUACAAUUGGAAAUAACUAGUAUAUUAGAGGAUUUCGAAGAAUCAACACAAUCUACUACAAUUCCCCAAUCGAAAUUAGCUACUUCCAUCGAAGAGUUAAGAAGGACAAUUUCCACAAUACGCGUAAUAACCGUUUACAAUACAGAAACUGCUUUAUUUGAAGAAAAACUUAAUCAAACUUUGAUGUUGACUAAUUUAAUACAGCCGUUAACAAAUAUACGAAAUCUCCUUUCUAAAUCCCACGAACACGACGUUUCAGAACUUAUGAUACUAAAUCGAUUUAUUCCAUUAUUGAAUAUUAUAGAAAACAACGUAAUAAGACAGAUAAAAAAUUUUAUCGGUAAAGAUAAAGAUAUAGAAGAAGAAUUUGAGUUUCUUCUAUACAUACUAGAAGAAAUCAAAACGAAAAUUCCAAUUGUAAUUCAAAAAAUAUCAUUAAGACAAAAAAUUUUAGAAUAUCUCUGGAACAUCUCAAAACCAUUAGAAAAUAUUUUAGAACGUAUGAGUGAUCUAGAGAAAGCUGCAGAAGAAACUCUCGAAACUGAUGUAGCAAAUAUUUUAGGAAAACCAAUCGCUGCUCUUUUAGAAGAUAUUAAGAGUACCAUUCAAAAAGUAGAUAUGUUAGAACGACGAGAACCAUUAAUUUUCGAAUUACAAAAUCUUCUUGAGCCUCUAUUAGAAUUUCACAGUUGUCUUUCAAUGGUACAGAGCAGUCGAAGAAGUUUAGUUCCUGAAGAUUCCUUAUUAGAUGAGAAGAAAAGCGUUAUUUUGCGAGCAGUUGAUGGUUUGCGAAAACAAGUUUGUCACACCGUUGAAAUAAUUGCAAAUAUGGAAGAAUCUCUUUUAUUUAAUAAAUCUCUGACAUUGCUCAAUUCUGCUAUUCUACAAGUACAAAAACAAAUUGGAAAGACAGAUUAUUCACGUCGAUCUAGUAGUACCAAUAUUUCUCUUCAGUAUCGACUUACCGGCACACUGAAUCGCUUACAUAACGCUAUAAUAACUUUAAAAGAACGCACUGAUAAAAAUACGUAUGAUAUAGUGUCUAACUGUUUGGAAGCACUACAAAAACAAAUCUCUUUUGCACAAACGCAAUUUAGGCAAGUUGGUAGUGAAUUAAUUGCCGAAGAAGCUAUCGUAGAAGGCUUUCUUUAUCCGACUAAUCAACUUCUGUCAGCAUUAAACAUUCUAAAAGAAAAUGUGGAGCAAAUGCCUUCGGCAAUUUCGUACAAUUUAAUAGUUCAGUUUCAAGAACUAGCUGCCUCUAUUUCAGAACUAAGUUCUUCCCUAUCGGAUCACAAAAUAAUACUUGUUCAAGAAGGUGCUUUUGAAGGCGCACCAAUCAUAGAGACUUUUUCUGCUGUUAUAGAUGUUUUAAACCACGUGAAAGAUUCUAUACAUGUUAUAAAGAAAACAGUUGAACAGAAAAGGAGCAUGAUUAUUACAAAUGUAGAAAGUGUCAUUAAUGAAAUUAUUGAGGUAUCACAAGAAGAAGCUGAGAGUGUAAUGAUGAACACAGAAAUGUCGUCAUCUAAAGCAAUAAUUCAAGAAGUUGUUCAAUCUGAAAUUAAAAAUACAUCUACGACGGUACAAAUACCAAUUUUAGAAGAUCUAGAAACAGUAAUUUCCGUUGAACAAUCAAAAAAUGAUCUAGCGGAUGUGAGAAAAAACAAAAAAAAUCAGGAAGAAAAUGAAAAAGGAAAACAUUUGACAAGUGAAAUAACAAAAUUUAAUUCCGUGAUAAGUAAUUUAAUACAACCGUUAAAAGAACUGAUUGAUCUUAUAAAAUCUGCUAAACAAGAAUGUCUGACUUCAAAAUCUGAGGAAGAUAAGCGAAAAAUACAAGAAUUAACAGCCUUAAUACAAAUUCUUAACGAUCUACAAGCUACAAAUACUUCUAUUAAGACAGUAAUAUCUUUCUCGUCUAUCAGUAUAUUAUUAGACAGCCAAUUCUCUCAUAUGGAAAAUAUUCUUGCUGAUUUUGAACGAGCUGCCAACACGAUUAUUUUCUUGACUCAUGAAGGACUAAAACCAGAAUUAAAAGAGACCAUUAUAGCGUCUUUACCACUCAUCUCUAAACCUUUAGAAGCUCUUGAAAAUGUAUUGACAUCUAUAUAUCAAACAAUAGAUAAAAACAAACAUAUUAACAAAGAUGAAGAAUUAUCAGCAAUCCCGAAAAUUUUAAUAUCAUAUAUUAAUGAUGCUAUUAAAUUUCUAAAUGAAAUACAAAUAUCAAAAUGUGUUAGUAUUGCUGAUGAUAAAGAAAUCAAAAUAUCGGAAAUAAAGGAAGAAACAAAAGCUGUUGAAGAAACAACUGCGCAAUGUCUCGAAGAAUUCAUAGAAGAUACAAUGGAAUCUCAGAAACAGGUACAAUGUGACAAGACUUUGCUUUUAGAUUCUAGUUUAUCUUCCACGGAUAUGAUUGAAUCAAAAGCCAUUGAUAAUUUAAAACCCGUCGAAGCAGAAUUAGGCAAAACACUUACUAAAGAAAUAGAUGAUUCAAUUAAACAAGAUGCAAUAGAGAUACCACAACAAGAAUUAAAAUCUUUAGAGUCCAGUCAAAUUGAAGAAUUACUUCUUGAAAAUAUAGAAGUGAUAAAAUCGGUUACAGAACCUUUAGAAAAAGUUGAAAAACAUGAUUUAGCAACGACUGAUGAAGAAAAGUUAGUAUCAAUUCAGAUAUCUGAAAACAGUAUGAUUCAGAAGGAACAAAUAAAAGAUGAAACUUUAGAAGCGAUUAUUUCUUCUCUUCAAACAUUGUAUAAAUCAUUUAAUGAAAUUGGAGAAAUAAGAAUUUUAGAACCUUUUAAUAAAAAAACAAUUACAUUUUCAAAUUUGACAAAACAGUUACUAAAUUUACAACUUGAAUUACCAUCUAAAGUUACCGAAGGUAUUAAAACAAAUACAUUAACAUUACUAAAAUUAUCUGUAAAAGUUUUAGAAGAAUUACAAACGUCAAUUGCUACAGUUCAAGAACAAAUGCAACUUAAUGCUACUAAAACCAGUUCGAAUGAAACGUCUAAGUCAUUUUUACUACAAGCUGUUAUGGAACCAUUAAACGACUUGAAAAUGUCAAUUGCUUGCAUGCAAUCUGAUUCAACAAUUAUUCAACUUAUUCAGCAAGAAGCAGAAUUAUCAAAUGUUAAACAAAUUAUGAUUUUGCAAAAUCUUGUUCAAUCAGUGGUGGAAUGUAGUGAAAGAUUUAUACAUAUUAUUAAUCAGGUGAAAAUAGAAUCUGUCCCACCGUUAAAAAUUAUUAAACAAAAAGAUCAAGGGUUGGAUCCAAAGGUUUUACAUAAAAUUGUUGAUUCAAUUCAUAUUUUACGAGAAACACUUUCUCAAAUCAAAAACCUUAAUAUUUAUAAAGCUGGAUUAUUAGAAAUGCCGGAAUGGAAAAAAGAGAUCGCUCAGUUAGGUAUAGUGAUAGAUUCUUUUGAAAAAUUAGAACAAUUAUUACUUAUAGAUACGCAACAAAUUGUAGUCAUGGAAGAGGAAGAACAUGGUGAAAGUCAAAAUUUAUUAAGAACAAAUCUAAAACUUGUCUUAGAGGAACUGAGAAAUUCGAUUAUUUUAGUUCAGGAGCAAACAAUUUUGAAUGAUGUUCCUAUGUUAAAAACGUUGAAUAAAGUUCUAGAAAAUUUAAAAUUACCGUUAAUAACAUUUAAAGAACUUGUUGAUUAUAAUGAUAAAAUUACUGAAACUGAGAAAAAAUCAAUUUUAUUAUCGUUUGCAAACUCAGUGGAGGAAAUAACAAGUCAACUAAUGGUUACAAAUGAACAAGAUGUAGAAAAGCAAGCAAUUAGUGAAGCUUCUCUACUAAAAAUAGUGACUAUUCCAAUUGAAGAGCUGCAAAGUGCAAUAUUAAAACUCGAUGAUCAAAUAUCCCAAACGUUAGAAACAAGAGAAUCAACAAAAGCUGUUACUUUAGAAUAUAUGAUACAACCAUUGCAAGAAUUACAGCAAUCAUUCUUAACUGCAUCUUAUGAAGAAACCGACCUUACCUUGCAACAAUUGUCAAUCAAAUCGAUAUUGGAUAAUUUGAAUAAAUCCAUGACAAUAAUUCUAGAUCAAGUGUCGAUAAUUCAGGAUAAUGUACUUAUGGAUAUAAAUACAGAUGAUUUAGUAACAUUGAAGGAUUUUGCUGGAUCACUUAAUAAUUUAAAAAUGUCGAUGGCAGUUCUGCAACAAUUGAGUGUAAUAGAAACCGCUGAUCGGCAAAUUGCAGAGAUUGAGAAUGCAUCCGCGCUGCAAGCAUUCGUGAAAUCUAUCAUAGAGUUCAAUAAAUGUUGCUCCAUUAUUGUUAAACGGCCGAGAAUUAUCGAAGCUUUUACAAAUAUAGAAUUGAAACAGUCCAAUCAAAUAGAUACACAUCUUAUUGAAAAUAUUAUUGUACCUUUGCGAUUAUUACAAGAGCAGAUUCUAACUAUUAAAGAAAUAAAAAUGCAAGAAUCUGAAAUUUUGAACGUUACGGAAAUAAGAAAACCAGUUACUGUGUUAAGCAGUCUUGUUAGUCCCUUGCAACAACUUGAAAAAUCUUUUGUCGCAACGGUGCAAAAGGAGCAUAUUAUUGAACACGAUACACACAGUCUAAUAACUGAAUCAUCUUUUGUAAACCUAGAAAAAUUUGCUCUACAACCUAUUCUUGAGGAAGUACAAAAGUCUAUUGCUAUUGUACAAGAACACGUAAUAUUAGAAACAGGAAGUCAAAUUACAUCGGAAGUAGAAACUGAUACUUUACUGAAAUCGAUCGCACAGCCUUUAGUGGAUUUAAGAGCUUCUAUCGCAUCCAUUCAGCAAAUAACUGCGAUUGCACCAGAUUUUCUAAAUGAACUUGUACAACAACAAAAUAUUUCGGCAUUGAACACUUUUGCUAAAACUCUUCAUAAUCUGACGGAACGUAUAGCAAUGUGUAACUAUCAGCAGAUUGUUAUAGAACCUGAGGCGGAUACUCUUUCUGAAGAUGUUUCAUCAUUAAAUACAUGGGCAGAUGUAAUUGAAGAAUCCUCUUCAAAAAUUACACGUUCAAUGGUGAUCGAUCAAGGAGUGAUUGAAUCCCCGGUUGAAAUUGCAGCUUCGAUGACAGAAGAUGAAACAUCUACGUUGAAAACAUUAGCAAAGCCGCUAACCGAAUUACGACAAUGCUUAGCGCUGAUCGUCGAAGAACAGAAAACAAUCCAGCAAUAUGAUACGACAUGUUCUUUGUCGGAAAAAGAAAAUAUUUCGUUGAUGAAAACAAUAAUACAACCUCUGUUAGAAUUAAAACAUGCAGCUGCAAUAAUUAUUGAAGAACAAAUGACUAUUGAGCGUGCUAAUGAGCAUUCGUUUGCCAUCGAUGGUAAAAAUGAAUUUAUUCUUCGUCUUUUGAUAGAACCACUUGAAGAAUUACGUCACUCUAUCGCUGUAAUACAGGAUCAUAUGCUGGUUGAAACAUCAACGGAUCGAUCGAAGAAUGAUGUUAUAUUAAAUGCAUUGGUUGAACCUCUAUUCGAUCUCCAACGUGCUAUAUCUAUUUUAGAAACACGAGUGAUAUCGCCGGAUGUUGAAUCAAUGUCCGAAGAUGCAGACAACUGGAUUACGGAAUGUUUAGCGACUCCUCUGCAUGAAAUAGAAAAAUCAAUUGCUGAUAUUCAACAAUGCAAUAUAAUAGAAUCUGAAACUAUAAUUGUGAAAGAGCAAACGAGAACUUUAAUACAAGAUUGGUCAGUUAUCGAAAAAUUAGUAAAAUCAGUGGAAAGUAUUAAAUUAGCAAUAUCAUGUAUACAAAAUGACUCUACCGAAAUUGAAAUCCUCAAGAUGAUGGAAAUAUCAUUUAUUAAUAUACAAGAAAAUUUAAUGUUAUUAAAAAAUGAAUUUAAUUUAGAUACUGUUGAAAGGAAAAGUAAUAUUGAUGUCUUUAUUGAAUCUCUUUCCAAUUUUGAGAAAUGCAUUUUAUUUCUCAAGGAAGAAAUUGAUAAAGCAAUAUCCAAACAAUCAGAUACAACAGAAGUUGAUACUAUAAUAUCUGCCACUCUCAUUAUACCAUUAAUCGAAUUAAAACGCUCUUUUGAGAUUAUAAAGGCAUCGUCAAGUGUAUAUCUAAAUUAUUUGGAAAGACCAUUAGAACUAAUACUAAAGGCGCUCAAAACAGUUAUAUUUAUGCAACAAAAUAAAAAGCUUUUAGAAUUAUCAAUAAAAUGUAUCAUACAGAUACAAGAAAAAUCAAACACUAAUUUAAUGAUUAGUGCUCUUCAAAGCCUAGAAAAAUCUAUAUCUAUAAUACAACAACAAUCAACUGAUAAAUCAUUGGUGGAUCCACAACAUACAAAUUUUGGUAGUCUUUUGAAAAGAUUGAUACCAUGUCUAUUCGAAUUACAAGAAUCAAUAGAAGUGACAAAAACGUUAUGGUGCGAAGAAACAAUACUAGAUGGAUUAAUGAUUCUUGAAAAACCAAUUUGUAAACUGCUAACUGUGAUAAAUAUUAUAUCUAAUCAGUCUUUGCAAGAAACGAUUUCAUUAACAGAUAAAUACGAAACGGCUCUUCAAGAAAAAUCCAUAAAGGAAAAGAUUAUAAUAUCUGAAGUUGAAACAGCUGUCGAGAAAGACAAUAAACCUAAAAAAAAAAUGGAAGAAACUAAGUUGGGAAAAGAUACAGAAUCUACAGUAAUCAAUGAUAUGAAAGACGAAGAAGAUGCGAAGAAACCAGAAAAAGUUAAACAGAAGGAAGAAAUAAAUGAUAAAAAAUUAACAAUGUUAACACAUAAAGAAAAUGUUAAUCAAAUAGAAAAUAGAAAUGAAAAACAACAGGAAAAGAACGAAAAAAAAAAAAGUGCAAAGAAGGAAUCUGUACAACAAGAAAUAAAAGAAGAAAAACAUGAACAAUCAGAACAUCAAAAUAUAAUAGAAGAAGCAGCGAGACAAGAACAGAAAAAAGAAAAGAUAGUAGAAAAGAUAAAAGAAGAAGAAAACGACAAAACAAGAAAUCAGAAGAUUGAAGAUAAGAAAAGAAAAAAAGAAAGGUUAAAAGAGCAAGAACAAAAGGAAAAAGAGAUAUCAGAAAAAAUAAAAGAGGAAGAAAAAACAGAUCUGUUAACUGGAGAGUUGGGGAAAAAAGAAGAAAAGAUCAAACAAGAACAAAAGGAGCAAGUGGAAGAAAUAAAAAAACAGGUAAAAGAGUUGAACAAGGAGAUGAUAAUAGAAGUAAAGGAAGGAGAAAAUAAAGAAAUAAAAAGUAAAAAGGCUGAGAAACUAAAAAAGAAAGAAGGUGGUGCUGUUAAAAGAGAAGAAAUAAUAAAACAAGGGAAAGAGGAUGAAAUAAAAAUAUCGAGAAAAGAGGAUGAAGAACAAAAAGGGACAAUCAAUCUUGAAGAAAUAGCACAAGAUGAACAAAUAAAUACAAAGAAUAUAGAAGAGGAUAAGCAAAUAGCCACGCAGAAAAGACAUAAAAUAGAAAGUAAAGAAAUUAAAAGGAUAAUAGAGAAAUCAACAGAAAAAGAGAAAGAUGAAAUUGUUGAAACAGAAGAAAUAACACAGCAAACACAACAUAGAUAUACAAAUGAUAUAAAGAAGGAAAAUGAUACAAACAAAUCUGGGAGAAAAAAUAAAGAAAUAAUCGAAGAUCAAGAACAAAAUCAAAUAACACAAAUAAAACAAAAUCAGAAAGAAAAAGUAAAAAACAAGGACAUCCAAGAAUUAAGAAGAGAUAAAAAUUUAUGUUUGUCAGUGGAUGAAGAUAAAAAACAACGAAGCAAUGAGAAAAUAUUUCAAAAACAACAAGGAUAUAACAAUUCGGAUAUUAAAGAGGAAGCUUUUUUGAAAAAGGAAGAGGAAUGGAAACAGCAAAAACUGCAAAGCAAUGACAAUUGGUUAUAUAUGAGAGAAGAAUGCGUUAAUAGAAGCAGUGAACACAGAGUACAGGAAGAAGAAAAUAAUUAUCAGGACAGAGAUAUUGAUAAAAAACUACAUCGAAUGGAAAUGGGGAAGAUUAGGAGAGAUGAGACUGUUAGAUUAUUAUGGGAAGAGAAACAAAGAUUACGAAAAAGACGAGAAGAGGAGAGAUUUAGAAAUAAACAAAGUAUAACACAGCGAAUAAGAGAAAAUGAAUGGUCCAGAAAACGCGAAAAUGAAUCCGAUUGUUUUCUUAGAAAUAUGUUAGAAGACACGUACAAGCUAGACAAAUCGACAUCAAUAUUUUCCAAUGUUAAUUAUACUCAACAAUAUAUUUUUCGAUUUAAUUCUCACAUCCCAAUGCUUUCUAGUAUUUCCAGAUCAUACAAUUGGAGAAAUUCUUUAACAUCACUAAGUGAGAAAAGAUUUGAUAAUUAUUGGGAUUAUAAAUUACAUAGCCCUUCUAUGGAUAAGUAUUAUUUUGACACAGGAUCUUUGUACAGAAGGCGUAAAAAAAGAGAAAAUUAUAUGAUUCGCGCAAGAUCGACCAAUUUGUUGAAAUAUGAAGAUUAUUCAACUAUAUGUAGGGAUAGCGAUAUCACUAUUGUACCUAGUCCGGGCAUUCGAUCUCUCCGACAUACAAAAGUGAAUACUAUUUCACGUAUUGAUUUCAAUACUUGGAAGUCUGAACCGUCUAGCUUUACUGACCUUUGUCAAAAUGAGAGUCUUCAGUGGAACAAAUCAAAGAAACCAUCGUUUUGUUCAAAAUUGACAAACAGAAUCGUAGAAGUUGGUAUGAGGACAAGACUGACCUGUAUCGUUCUUGGUAAUCCAGAACCACACAUCUAUUGGACUAAAGACGAUCAAAAGCUAGAUGCAUCUGGUAAUCGUUAUAAGACACGAUUCGAAAACGGUAUGGCUUAUUUGGAAUUACACGAUGUGCUUCCCGAAGAUGCUGGAAUAUAUACGUGCGUAGCUGAAAAUACACAUGGCACCUCGAAUACCGAAUCCAUCUUGAAAGUUUACUCCGAUCAUAAACCUAUACAUUCACCUCCAACAUUUGUAAAAUCAAUUAAAGAUUGGCUAUCCAUAAAUCAAAGUAAUUCACGAUUAAGCGACGAAAUUAGAUCAAAAUUUGUACAAAGACCACGAUUCUCUAACUUACCAAAGAAUUACAGCAUGCUCACUGAUGGAUCUAUCGGUCUUGAAGUAGAACUCAAAGAUAUACUAUCUCCAGAAGCGAAAUGGCAACGUGGCGAUCAAACAAAACCAAUUACGGUCCCAAAAGCAAGAAUCUUUGUAGAACCUGAACUUUAUACAUUAAUUACACCUGAUGCGACAGAGCCAGAAAGGGAUCCAUACGUUUGUAGAACAAUUAAUGCUUAUGGACAAAUGGAUACAAACGCGACAAUGCAUGUAAUGUCAUUGAGCGCUGGAGAGCACCGGGGAAAACCUGCGAUAUUUGUCUCGAGACCUUCCAAGAAACCGAUCGAUGUAAUCGUUGGCGAAGACAUUAGUAUAUCCUUUCGAGUUAGCGGUAUUCCUAAGCCUCGAAUAAUAUGGAUGAAGGGAUUAACAGAUAUCACGGAUGGACCGAGAUCCUACAAAGAAAGUACUGAUGAUUAUGUCAGAUUAAUAUUAAAAAAAGUUAUACCUUCUGAUGAAGGUACCUAUUGCAUUUUAGUUAAAAAUAGAUAUGGCUGUGACAGAAGUUUUUUCUCUGUCAAGAUAAAGCCACGUGCUAAAUCAUUGACUCAAUUAUCAAAUUGGAAUCCUGUUACUGAUCACGAUGCAGAAGAAUGCAACGAUGACAUGUCCUACAUAAGAAAUGUGCCCGGUCCGAUCAGUAGUGAACCAGUUGUUAUCGAUGGUGGAAAAAGCUGGCUCUCAUUGAGUUGGGGUAAAGCAAAGAAAAGAGGACCUACACCGGUGGUUGCUUAUAAAGUCGAAGCUUGGCUAUUAGGCGGUGGUGGAGGUGCACGAUGGGCAGAGUUGGGAAUUACGCCAAUCAACGUAUUCGACGCAUUCAAUUUGCGACCAGGUGGAGAAUAUAAAUUUCGCGUAACACCGCGAAAUCGUUACGGAUGGGGCGAAUCAGUUACAAUGAGAAAUUCAGUAUUGGUUAUUGAAAGUACCGACCUUCCUGAAUUGACAAAAAUUUUACCGGAUCAAUUAAAAGCUCUCGAAGGAACAUCGGUAAAAUUGGAAUGUGAGAUUCGCGGUGAUUCUAGAAUGAAAGUACAAUGGUAUCGUGAAACAACAGAAAUUAAUCCAUACAAUGAUACCAGAUUUACGAUAUGUUCUGACGGUUCUAAAUGUUCUUUGACGAUUGUAAAUGUUAAAGAGGAUGAUUCCGGAAGAUACGUUUGCGAGGCAAACAGUAGGAUCGGUAAAGUGUCAUCAUUUGCUAGAGUUCUCGUUGUUACCGAUCCAAGAAUUAUUGAGGCUGAUGCUAAACUUAAAUCAAGUUCGAGUAUCGAAUUGGAAAAUAGACCGCCGCAAUUCACCUUAAGGAUACGGGACAGGCGAGUGCAAACUACUUAUCCGGUAAGACUUACUUGUCAGGUCAUCGGACAUCCCGUUCCAGAGAUUGUUUGGUAUAAAGACGGAACGGAGAUUUCUCAAGAUGAUCGCCACAUCUUUUGGAAUGAUGACUCAAGCUUUUAUACUUUGGAAAUAAUUCAGUCUACUCUUGAGGAUUCCGGAUAUUACACGGUGACAGCAAGGAAUAUAAACGGCUCAGUAUCUUGCCGAUGUACCCUUGUGGUAGAUAAAGGAAUUCGGGCCUACAUUGCACCGGAAUUUCUUCGUGAUCUUAACGUAACUUACACUGUUCAUUCAGGCGGGGAACUACGAAUGUCGGCGCAACUUAAAGCUUAUCCGUGUGUUGGCGUCGUCUGGCAUCGCGAUGGGUUUCGCUUACGACCCAAUAGAAGAGCGAUAAUGACUUUAAGCCACGAUGGUACCGUCCAAUUCUCUUUGGCUGAUGUUACUACGCGAGACGCAGGAGUUUACAGUUGUACCGCAACAAAUGUAGUCGGUCAAAUAGAGUCAUCCACGAGGGUAAUUGUCACGACCGCGAUUCAAGAUCAAUCGUUCAUUAGUAAAUCAGUUGAUAUUACCAGUCUAGAUAUACCAUAUUCAAAGGAACCUCUUUUUAUCACGAAACCUUUAUCAACUGAAGCAAUCGAGGGAGAUACAGUUAUUAUUCUUUGUGAAGUAGUCGGAGAUCCUAAACCGGAAGUGAUAUGGUUGCGCGAUUUUCUCAAGCCUAAUUAUUAUAAGGACGCACCUCACUUCCGGUUGGUAGGUGUAGGGCCACAAUAUCGAUUGGAGAUUCCUUAUGCUAAACUCGACUUUACUGGAACAUAUUCCGUAAUAGCUCGCAACUGCUAUGGGGAAGCUAAAACUGUAAUCUCCUUGCAAAUUUAUACUAAAGGACAAGGCAAAGAGGAACAAACGCAGAAAUCUCCUCACGGAAAGAUAUUGACUCUGCCGAUUAUAAAAAGAGAAUUGCGAGAUUUUCGGUGUUGCGACGGUGAUGCUGUUUCCUUGGAGUGUAAGGUUUACGCAACACCAGAACCACCUUUGAUUCGUUGGGAACGUGGAGACAAAAUUAUAACUAUGGUGGGCGAUUUUGCCGCUGAAUUCGACGGUGAAACAGCACGAUUAAAUAUCCAACAUGUCUAUCCUGAAGAUGAAGGAGAAUACACAUGUGUGGCUUACAACAAUCUUGGAAAAGCAUAUACAUCGGCCUGUUUAGUUGUAGAUGUUCCCGAGGGAGAAGAAAAUAUACUGAGCCAGAGACUAAUAAGGCCAAUGGAUCUGCUGUCAGCAGGAUCGACUCCGAGAUUAACAUCGCGAUCGACACCCAUCAGAAGCUUAUCACCAGCAGCACACGGACGUGAAUUUAGAUUACUGCAAGUUCUACCGCAAAGCGACGUAUCAAAGAGGCCGAAGGUUUUCCCGCCGAAAUUUUAUGCAGUUCCUCAUAAUCGUCUAGUUCAAGAAGGCGAAACUGUGCGUUUUCAAUGUGCCAUAGUCGGUUAUCCUGCACCUUGGAUAAGAUGGGACAAAAAUGGUACUAUUGUAACAUCGAGCACGAGAUUCUCUAUCAAAGAACGAGACGACAUUAAAAUACUUGAAAUCAUCGAUGUAAUGCGAGAAGAUGCCGCUCUCUACAGAGUGACAGCAGAAAACGAUUUUGGUCGAAUUGAAGCCAGUGCUCGUCUUGAAGUAAUAAAUCGAUACGAAUCAAUAAGUCGAACUAUUAGAACUAGAAGUGCCUCGCCUAGGACAUGUCCUUCGUUCAAUCGUAGUCUUCUUCCGAUUACCAGUAGAAUAAACAGUCGUCUACAAUUGGAAUGUCCCAUAAGAGGAUCGCCGAAUGUAUCAUCAAUGUGGAAUAGAAAUGGACGAUUAUUAGAACGAUCCUCCAGAGUAAAGAGAUAUUUCGAUAGCACAACUGCCAGAAUCGAAAUAUCAAAAAUGAAAGCUAGUGAUGCGGGUGAAUAUAUCUAUGUAGCGACCAAUAUUCUUGGAUCAACGAGAAGUAGUUGUCAGGUAACUGUAUUAAGUCCCCACGAUUUGUCUAUCGCAGAUAAAAAUGCACCGCAAUUUUUGCAAUCAUUACCCAAAGAAUCAAUUGUUAUGGAGAACUAUGCACAUAUUUCAUUA